AUGAUCCGUGGUCUGCUCCUGUGCCAGCAGCGCCACAACCAGUGCACCGCUGCAAACAACUUCCUUAAUCGUGGCCUUUGGUGGGAAACAAGAGACGGCGGCGUCAGGCGCCGUGUGCACGUAUUAAGCACACUACGAUACAUGCAAGGCUGGCUCUCUGUACUCAAAACAGAGAUCAGUGAUAAGCCUGUAGCAGCCAGGUCGAAUACGGCUCUUGACGCGCCGCACGUGCAAUAUCUUCUUAUUGAGACUGUGUUCAAGAACAACUACGAGCCGAGGUGA